AUGGAUGUCCUCCGGCCUCCCAACAAUGUGACGGAAUUUGUUCUCUUGGGACUCACACAGAAUCCACACCUGCAAAAAAUACUCUUUGUUGUCUUUCUGUUCAUUUUCUUGUUUACUGUGUUGGCCAACCUGCUCAUUGUCAUCACCGUCUCCCUCAGUCUCACACUUUCGGCUCUCAUGUACUUCUUUCUCACUUAUUGGCCUUAUUAUGCCUCCUUCACCUCUGUGAGCACGCCCAAAAUGAUCACUGACCUGCUGUUCCAGAGCAGAACCAUCUCCUGGGGAGGCUGCCAAACUCAGCUCUUUUUGGGUCACUUCCUGGGAGGAUCAGAGAUCAUUGUCCUCAUGGCCAUGGCCUAUGACCGCUACGUGGCCAUCUGCAAGCCUCUGCACUACACGACCAUCAUGCGACAGGAGCUCUGCCAGCUCCUGGUGGUGAUGGCCUGGGUUGGGGGGAUUCUGCAUGGCACAGUCCAGAUCCUUUUCUCAAUGGACUUGACCUUCUGUGGUCCCAGUGUCAUUGACCACUUCAUGUGUGAUUUCUUCUCACUGUUGGAACUUGCCUGCAGCGACACCUACAGGCUGGGAAUAGUGGUGGCAGCCAACAGUGGGGGCAUGUGUUUGCUUAUUUUUGUCAUCCUGGUCACCUCCUACAUCGCUAUCUUGAACUCCUUGAAAUCCCAUGGCUCUGAAGGACGGCAAAAAGCCCUCUCUACAUGUGGCUCCCACUUUAUAGUAGUGGUUCUCUUUUUUGGUCCUUGUAUAUUCACCUACACACGUCCUGUGGCCAUUUACCCUGUGGACAAGUGGGUGAAUAUGUUCUUUGCAAUCCUCUGUCCCAUGUUAAAUCCUAUCAUUUACACAGUGAGAAACACAGAAGUGAAAAAAGCUAUGAGGAAUCUGUUGAAGAGGAGAGACACUUAG